AUGGCGCGCGGCGUGCCGGCGGCUACCAAGGGCGGCGCGGGCGCCGGGAAGAAGAAGGGGUCGGUCACCUUCGUGAUCGACUGCACCAAGCCCGUCGACGACAAGAUCAUGGAGAUCGCGUCGCUCGAGAAGUUCCUGCAGGAGCGCAUCAAGGUCGCCGGCGGCAAGGCCGGCAACCUUGGGGACUCCGUCACCGUCGCCCGCGACAAGAGCAAGGUCACCGUCACCUCCGACGGGGCCUUCUCCAAGAGUUUAAUUAGUCGAUACUCACUGCUUUCGCUGCUUGAACAAUGGCUCUUGUGUUCAGAAGCUGCUUUUGUUCAUUGUGUAUCAUGCUCUCCUCUUAUGUUGGAUCUCAUACAUUCUCAUUUUCUCAGGUACUUGAAGUACUUGACAAAGAAGUACCUGAAGAAGCACAAUGUGCGUGACUGGCUCCGGGUGAUUUCAUCCAACAAGGACCGCAGUGUCUAUGAGCUCCGGUACUUCAACAUUGCCGAGAACGAGGGCGAGGAGGAGGAUUAG